UAUAUCAUUUUUAGAAGAUAUAAAAAUGCCUAUAGAAACUAUUGAUGAUCCAUCCUUAUGCCUAAAACCAAAUACAAAAUUAAUAGACUUUGUUUGGAAAAACGUUUCCGAUGUAGAUAAUGCUCCACCUGGUAUCGCUACUCUAAAGAAAAGUAGUAGGAAGAAGUGCAAUGACGUUCUAUUGAAAUUAAAUGAUAUUAAUUGGUUAAAUAAAUAUUUAGAAGAGUAUAGAAAAGUUACAUCUCAAAAGGUAUACUUACAUGAAAUUUUAGAAGGUGUUGACGUAAUAUUACCAACGCCCAAAAUUACACCUAGAAAUCCUGAAUUGGAAGCAAGGAUACAAAAACUUACGGCACAACAAAAUGAUAGAGAAUACAAAGCUAUGACCAAAAGUGUUGAUACAAUGCGUAAAGAAUUACCAGAAGAUACGAUAGCCUAUCAAAUGAAGCAAAUAAAUAAACAAUUAAUUGCCGUCGCACAAUUUAUCUUCUCCGUACUAGCAGGAUUCACAUUUGGUUUUCUUGGAGUAGAGUUAAUAGUUGGUAAUUUAGAUUUUGGGUUUAGAUUAUUACUAGGUAUAAUAUGUGCAUUGGUAAUUGCAUUAGCCGAAAUCUAUUUUCUGGCAAUUAAAUUAAAUGAAGAUUGUUACGAUGCAUUCUCAAUGCCUAAACCCAAAAAAUUACAUCAAGAGUAAAAUUGUUAAUUA